AUGAUGCGCUAUGUUGGUAUAUUCCAUGCUGAUGCUGGAUUCAAGAUUAUACCUUGYGAUCGAUAUUCCCUGGAAAAGAAUGGUGCAAAAAUAAUUGCAACGGACCAUUGGGACAAGAACGACAAGCUUCCAUACCUGUGUGGGUGUAUUGCUGAAAUGACGGAGGAGGAAGAGAARUGUUUACUGCGGCCAGGGGAAAAUGACUUCAGUAUUAUGUUCUCUAUCAGAAAGAAUAAAUCACAGCUCUGGCUAGGACCUGCAGCAUACAUUAAUCAUGACUGCAGACCAAAUUGCAAGUUUGUACCAACAGGACGUGAUACAGCAUGUGUWAAGGUUCUAAGAGAUCUUGAGCCAGGAGAAGAGAUCACAUGUUUCUAUGGMGAGAACUUCUUUGGUGACGAGAACAGCAAGUGUGAAUGCUUGACAUGUGAGAGGAGAGGAGAGGGUGCAUUUAAGUCCAAACAGUCAGAUGAAAAGACAAAGCAGAAAUACUCCUUCCGUGAAACUGACAAGCGUCUGAAACGACUCACUACAGAUAGGGACUGUGGAAAACCUGAUGACAUCCUGCAGACGGCAAAUCUGACAAACACAUUGAUUGAUGUGGAAUCUCUGGUUGAUAUGGACACUGAAGUCAAUCAUGAUUACCAAAAGAAAAGAAGAAAGAGAAGAUAUCGCUCUGGUGAUGAAAACUUAUCAGAUCCACCUUAYGACCCUGAUAAAAGAAUCAAACGAAAAAGGAGGCGAAAUCAAGUAUCUUCACAGAAACGGAGGAGAAAGUCAGCACCAGCUGUCAUGGAAACCAAAGGCUGUGAUGUCACUAUCCCCAUAGCAACAUGUAACAAUGAACAUUUAAACACUGARGUGAAACAUAUCGAUUGCAAGAYGGAGAUCAUGAUGCCGUCUUUGUCUUCCUUUCAUCUUCCAAUUACAGACAUUUUCAAAAGUGCACCCAGUGCAGUUGUCAAUGCCUUGGGACAUCACGUUGAGAGGUCAACGUCCCACCAACCACAAUCUUGCACAGCAUGAAAUUAACUUAAGCUACAUGGUUCUUAAUUCUGAGGUGUACAGCAUCAUCUUCAACAAGACAGCAUGUCAGACUACAGGUGCAUGAAGAAAUAAUGUAUCAAAACAAAACCUGUAAAAGAUAAUUAUUUUUGUUACAGCAGAAAUCGUUGCAUCACGACUUCAAUGUUCAAAAGAAAUCGUUAGGAUUCAGGUUUUUCUGCGACAUGGGGGCGGAGCUUACUGCGAAUUAGCCAAUGAAUAAAUGAGUUUACAAAAAAGCUACACUCCUUAGAUUGAAGGAAAGAACAAAAUCAAAACAAACUUCGAAACGAAGAAGUUAUGGUGCAACAAUUUUUGCUGUAAUCUCUUACAGUAUUUGUUUUGUACUCUGUCAUUUUUGAUUUUCCUGGAUCUCAAACUACAGUCAGUGGUACCUAUUCUGGUCCAUCAUCCAGUCUAACUGGUACAAUUGUCUUCCUGGCUUGUUGGUCUAACUGGUACAAUUGUCUUCCUGGCUUGUUGGUCUAACUGGUACAAUUGUCUUCCUGGCUCAUUGUUUUACUGAUGCGCAAAUGAUUUUAAUUUCCUCUGGAGCAUUUUCACCCUGGUACAUUUCAUUCCUGGUCCAUACUGUACAUUAUCUCUCUGGAUCAUAAAGACCUGGAUCUUUGUAUGACAGGUACAUUCUUUCUGGUCCUUUCUGCUUAAUAUGUAACUUAUGUAGAGUAAACCAACAUUAGAGUACAAACAUUAAAUGUGUGUAACACCUUCCACUAUUUACUACAAAAACAAUAGAAUAGAGCAUAAUUUAGCAGUAUUUAGUGGUAUUUAUGUUGCACAGUUUCAGUGUUUGUACUCAAAUCUUUUUUUUUAUAUAAUAACUAGAAUCUUAAUUUUUCGUGCAUCAUGAGGUAGAAAUGCAGAAUGGAUAUUCUGACAAAUGUCAACAAAUAAAUAUAAAUCAUUUGCUAGUGAUCCAUAAUUGUCUGAGAAAUGAUUUUUAUUGGAGUUAUUUUGUUGGAGUUUAUGGAAAUUAUCUGCUAUGCAUUAAUUAUUAUUAAUACUAACUAUUUUAGAACUCAGUGCAAUUCCAUGACUAGCUUAUAAUUAUUCCAAGAAAAUGUCUGCUUUAGAAGUGUAAUUUUUUUAGUGUUUUGUUUCUCGAUUUAAUGUCAGUGAAACUUUCAAGUUUUGUGUCCUUAUGACAAUCUUUUUUUUGGUCUCUUCUGGGGCAACAAAGACAAUUAUGAUAACAGUCACUAAUUAGAUUUUGUUAGGCUAGGUUCUUUUUCAAUGAGAUGUCACAAAUUUUUUUAGUCUUUUAAUUAAUAAUAUUGUUUCAAUUAAGGGUUGAGUCUCUUAUGAUUACUACCUGUUUAAUGUUUUUUUUUUUUUUGAACUCACUCAGCAUUUUUGUUAAAUAACAAUUUCUCUAGAUUUCUACAAUUUUCUUCUAAAUUAUUUCCCAUAUGUAUAGCUUAUGUACCAAGUACAUUACAACUACAAAUAAUAAUUAUAUGGUAAUUAUUAUAAUUGAUUAUUUAUUACUGUAAUACAUCUAUUAUCGAUCUGUCAUAUGGUGGAAAUUAAACAUGUAUAAUUAAAUACAUGUAUAUGUGU